AUGAUUUUUGCAAGCAUACGCCGGAUAUUCCAGUCAUUUAGAACAGAAGAGGAAGAAAGGUUAUACUCAAGAGCUGCAUUUUUCAAUUUACUUGGGUUUUUGGGCUCUUGUGUUUUGUUUUCAUUUGUUGCUCAACGGUUAUCUCGACAUCCAAGAGAAUUGGCUCAUAUAGCGAGGGCUGACGCACUACUAAAAGCCAUACUGUCAUGA